AUGGCUGCAACAUUUGAAAAGUGGAAAAUAGAAGAGAUGAAGAUGCGAAAGAAGAUAAUUGCCAAGAAUGACAAAGUUUCUAUUGCCAAACCAAUUGCUUCCAAGACAACAAACCAUGUAGCAAAGAAACAAGGCAGCAGAAGUAGAAAGCUGUCAAUUUCAGAUGUCAACAAACCCAAAACUAACAGAAAGAGAAACCCAAAAGAUACGUACGCCUUGGUUCUGAAGUUAGAAGAGAUCUUUGAAACUGGCAAGAACAACAAUAGAAACCUUCAAGAUAACAAGAAAAGAAAACCACUUCAAAAGAACAUCACGGAGAAGAAUAUUCAAUUUGACAGCCUGUUCCAAGCUACUUCUACACCUUGUACUUCAGUCAUUCUCAUGCCCUUGGAAGCCACAAGAGUCGAAAAGAUUCAAGAACAACUUAAACAUAAGAAGAAAAUAGUAGACAAUGUCUUGGAACAAAUUGAUGAAUCUGAAGAUGAAGUCAUCCUCGAUAACAUUAUAGAGACGUCUGGCAGUAAUUUGAAUAUAGCACCAAAAAGGUAG